AUGGAGGACAACAAAAUCAAGGUGAGUAGGGACCGUUCCAAACGGUGCCGGACGAUCGAUCCGAUUCCAGGCCUACCGUCUCAUCGGCUACGCGGCCGUCUCUCUUUCCGCCGUCGGCAUUCUCUCCGUCUGCAUCACGCUCCCGCUCGUCUACUCGUACGUCUCGAACCUCCGCUCCCAGAUGCACUCGGAGCUCCGCCACUGCCGUGACACCGUCAACACCGUCUACGCCACGGCCGUCGCGAUGCCGUCGCUUCCCGGCCGUGCGAACCGUACCGCCCGUCAGGCCGGCUACGACAUCGCCGUGCAGGAGGCUCCGGCUCAGGAAGCUUGCGAUGGGUGCUGUCUGCCCGGCGCUGCUGGGCCAGUUGGAGCCGCCGGAACCCCGGGACGUCCAGGACGCCCAGGAGCUCCGGGAGCCCCAGGACACCCAGGAAAGCCGCCACAGUCGCCGUGCGAGCCACUGACUCCACCACCAUGCCCAGCCUGCCCACCAGGACCACCAGGAGCGCCAGGAGCACCAGGAAAGCCAGGAGCCGAGGGACCACCGGGAGGACCAGGACACGACGGAGCGAACGGAGGACCAGGAGGGCCAGGAGCUGAAGGACCACACGGACCAAACGGACACCCAGGAAAGCCAGGACCACAGGGACCACAGGGACCACCAGGACAUUCGGACGGGCCGAAGCCAGGACAACCAGGACAGCCGGGAAGAGCGGGACCACGUGGACCACGCGGAAUCGCCGGACUCAAGGGCAAGGACGGAGCCCCAGGAGCGCCUGGACAGCCGGGACCACGCGGAGGACCGGGAGAACCGGGACUCGACGGAGCUCCAGGACAGCCGGGAGUCGCCGGAGCCGACGGAACCCCAGGAGAGAAGGGAAUCUGCCCCAAGUACUGCGCCAUCGACGGUGGCGUCUUCUUCGAGGACGGAUCCAGACGCUAG